AUCCAACAGUUAAUGAUAAGCCAAGUACUUAUCUAUUUGUUUGUCAUUUCUGUGUAAAUCAGCGUUCGAUGUGCCAAAUAAAACGUGCCAGUUUUAUGAUUUGUUAUGUUAUGAAAAGUGAAAAUGGGGAAAACAUGGAUUACGCCCUUUGUGAGACAGUGCUAUGUAACGGCGGGUACGUCCCUAAACAUGGCCUCCCACGGGUUCGUGAUGGGAUUCGCGGCGGUCCUGCUGCCUCAGCUGCGGAAGCCUGACUCCAUCAUUCCCAUAGACCAGGUCACUGGAUCUUGGAUUGUUUCUACCCCUGCAAUAUCUCAAGUCCUGGGAAAUUUCAUUGUGCCUUCUCUCAUGAACGUCCUGGGCAGAAGACGAGCCAACCUUAUCAGUAUUCUAGUCAUGAUUAUAUGCUGGCUGACCAUAUCUGUGGCUGAUAACUUUAUCACGAUUAUCAUUUGUAGAGCAAUCCAAGGUGUAUCAUUAGGAAUCAGUGCGUCAUUAAGUCCAAUCUUAAUUGGAGAAUACACUUCGCCAAAAAACAGAGGUUCAUUUAUAACAACUUUAUCUGUAGCCAUGUCCAUCGGAGUUUUAACUAUUCAUACACUGGGUUCAUAUUCGACGUGGCAAAUAACAGCAUUGGUAGUAGCUAUCAUUGCGUUUGUAGAUUUUUUAAUGGUAAUAUAUUCUCCUGAAUCUCCUAUCUGGUUAGCCGAUAAAGGCAGAUACAGUGAGUGUAGAAGUGUAUUUAUGUGGUUAAGAGGAAGUGGCGAAGAAGAUGAAUUGAACAAAAUGAUUGAAGCAGCAAUAAUCAUUAAUAAUAUAAAAGCUGCCUCAGUUGCUCCCAAAACAAUAACGGGAAAAGUUAAAAAAUCAUUGAGUAGUUUUAGUGAAGCACUAACUAAGAGAGAAUUUUAUAAACCAAUCUUUAUAAUGAUUAAUGUUUAUAAUAUAGGCAUUUGGUCUGCUGUUGCUCUAUUGACAACAUAUAUUAUAGAUGUUAUCCACUACGUAGUAGGAACAGAAGUGGAUGUUCCAGUAAUAGUAAUCAGUUUGGGUAUUCAACGAAUUGUUUCGAAUCUAGUAGCCGUCUAUUUGUACAAAACAUUUAAGAGAAAAACAUUGUUAUACGUUCUUUGUGGCUUAAAUGCGUUGACUCUCUUUGCCACUGGCAUAUAUGUCUAUGCCAAGCUUCACAAUUUGUUACCAUUUGACCAUCCGUCAAUUGGUGUAAUAUUAAUUCAUCUGCACAUGUUUUCGGGAGCAACUGGUUGUGUACCAUUUCCAUUCAUAAUUGCUGGUGAAAUAUUCCCUACACAAUAUAAAAGUCUAGCUGGUGGUAUCAGCGUUGUGAUAUUUUCGUGUAUAUUCUCUGUAAUGAUAAAAUCUGUACCUUCAAUGUUUAUUACUUUUGGCUUACAUGGAAGUUACUUUAUUUACGGUGUCAUAGUGACUUAUUUCUUGAUCGUAUCUGGUAUAUUUUUACCAGAAACAAAAGAUAGAACGCUACAAGAUAUUGAGGAUGAGUUCAGAGGAAAGCCGAUUGACCCAGAGGAGUUAAAAUCUAUGCAGUCUUUGACAACUUGGCAAAAACACAAGAUGGAUCGACGUUGCAGUAGUCCUUUGAUAUGAAAGUGAAAUUUACAAAGUAAAUCGAUAUCAUACAUACAUACAUAUAAUCACGUCUAUAUCUCUUGCGGGUUAGACAGAGCUAACAGUCUUGUAAAGACUGAUAGGCCACGUUCAGCUAUUUGGCUUUAAGAUAGAAUUGAGAUUCUAAUAGUGACGGGUUGCUAGCCCAUCGCCUAAAAGAAGAAUCAAAGAAGAAUCAUAAGUUUAUAAGCCUACCCCUUAGUCGCCUUUUACGACAUCCAUGAGAGAGUUAUGGAGUGAUCCUAUUCUUUUUUCUAUUUGGUGCCGGAAACCACACGGCAUCGACAUCAUGUUGAUGAUAAUAGCCAUGUACAGCAGCGCUCUCUUCAUUUUUCAUCUCAUUAUUUCUGAAAUGAAUCUGAAGAAACAGAUACGGGUUAAAAAGACGCAGACACAAUAAGGUUUCUCCGGGCUUCGUAAACACACGUGGCAGCCUUGAAAUAUCUAUUCCAAAGUAAGGACCAUAAUAUAUCAAGGGAUAUAUGUAAAUACUCUAAGGUACACCAAGUAUUAAAAAUCUUUUAGCAAAUAAUUUCGGAAAUAUUGAUAAGUAAGACAAUCAAAAAAAAUAUUUUGAAUCCUAAUUAUAUGGUGUAAAUAAAAUAUGUGUUUUUAAUUAUGUAGUGUGUGGACUUGAUUUUACACGUUUCUAUGUAAAAUACGUUAAUCAUAAGAAAUCAUUAAUUUAUUUAAAACUUUAUUUAUAUUUCAUGUAAUGUAAGUGUAGUAGGUAUGUUGAUUGAUUUAUUAUUAAACUAUGACAAUGCUCAA